AUGCCGAAGCCGACACUGCUCCUGCGGGGGGGUUGGGACCGCAGCCCCGGGGACACGGAGCUGGGGCGCCAGUUCCGGGACUGGUGUCUCCGGACCUACGGAGACUCAGCCAAGACCAAGACGGUCACUCGUAGCAAAUACCAGCGGAUCGCCGAGGUCCUGCAAGGCGGGGGCAGCGGGACCACGGGUGCCGGCAACGGCGGCCCCUCAUCAGGGGAGAAAGGCAAGUUCCAGUUUUGGGUCCGCUCCAAGGGCUUUCGGCUGGGGACCAGCAGGGAGCCGAAGAUGGGUCAAGUGGUGUAUGUGCCGGUGAAAACUGGAACGGGGGCAGAUGGACUGUCGGAGCCUGAGGGCAUCUCUCUGAAACGGGUAGCUGUGGUGGAAGAUUUCUUUGACAUCAUCUACUCCAUGCAUGUGGAGAGCUCUGCAGAGCCAGGCAAAACCCCCAAGCAUGCUGGGCAGAAGAAAACCUACCGAGCGAUUGCAGAAACCUACGCUUUUCUCCCAAGGGAGGCUGUGACCCGGUUCCUGAUGAGCUGCACAGAAUGUCAAAAGAGGAUGCACUUUAACUCCAAUGGGUUAGAGCCCAAAGAAAAUGAGCCUCCCUCCCCUCUGGUUUCUGGGAUCAUCGACUACAACAUGCCCCUCACCUCGACAUACCUGAAGCAGAUGAAGCUACGGGUAAUGAAUUCCCAGGAGCAGGAUGAGACUUCCGUGAGCAGUGAGGAUUUUGAUAUGAAUGACUCCACAUGGAUGUCAGCUGAUCAACAUCUAAGCUCCAGCUUGAGCCCCAGCCAGGACGAGAGGAUGCGGAGCCCACAGAACCUCCCUAGCCAGGAGGACGAUGACUCCUCGUCGGAGAGUUGCAGUGGGAACGGCUCCUCGACGUUGAACCCCUCCACCUCCAGCAGUACCCAGGGGGACACCUCAUUCCCCGAGAUGAAUGGUAAUGGCGCCGUGGCCCCCAUGGACUUCACAGCCUCGACGGAGGACCAGCCUAUCAACCUCUGUGACAAGCUCCCCGCCUCUCAUCUCCCCACCUCUUACCCAGCAGACAGCUGCAGCGCCGAUGGGCUUCGGAGCAGGGUGAAGUAUGCUGUGAAGACAACCCCAGAGUCCCCUCCAUAUAGCUCUGGGAGUUAUGACUCCAUCAAAACAGAGGUCAGCGGCUGCCCUGAGGACCUGACUGUGGGCCGGGCUCCCACAGCUGACGACGAUGAUGAUGACCAUGAUGACCAUGAGGACAAUGACAAGAUGAAUGACUCGGAGGGGAUGGACCCUGAGCGUCUCAAGGCCUUCAAUAUGUUUGUGCGCCUUUUUGUUGAUGAGAAUUUGGACCGCAUGGUGCCCAUCUCCAAGCAACCCAAGGAGAAGAUACAGGCCAUCAUAGAGUCCUGCAGCCGCCAGUUCCCCGAGUUUCAGGAGCGAGCCCGCAAACGCAUCCGCACUUACCUCAAAUCCUGCCGUCGUAUGAAGAAAAAUGGCAUGGAAAUGACCAGACCCACUCCUCCCCACCUGACCUCAGCCAUGGCUGAAAAUAUCCUGGCAGCUGCGUGUGAGAGCGAGACAAGAAAAGCAGCCAAGAGGAUGAGACUGGAGAUCUACCAGACAUCCCAGGAUGAGCCGAUCGCUCUUGACAAGCAGCACCCCAGGGACUCUGCAGCCAUCACCCACUCGACCUACUCACUGCCAGCCUCCUCAUAUGCCCAGGAUCCCGUCUACAUCAACGGCAGCCUGAACUACAGCUACCGCAGCUAUGGGGCUUUGGGCAGCAGUCUGCAGCCCCCAGCUCCCCUCCAGGCAGGAAAUCACAGUAACGGUCCUACAGAUCUCAGCAUGAAAGGUGGGGCUGCCUCCACCACCACAACCACUACCACUACCACCACCACCACCUCCUCUUCCUCCUCUUCCAGCAACAGCACCAGCCGGGGCAUGGCCACCGCCCAGCUCAGCCCCACGGAGAUCAGUGCAGUGCGGCAGCUCAUCGCUGGCUACCGAGAGUCUGCCGCCUUUCUCCUGAGGUCUGCAGAUGAACUGGAAAACCUCAUAUUGCAGCAAAACUGACGCCCCAGCGCCCGGAGAGCUCCUAUGUCACAUGACAAUUUCCACCCUAGAGAAAGGGGCUGCCCCCAGCUGAGGACCUGGUGUCCUCUUUCCCCUCUAGCUGGUACAUUUUAUUUAAAGAAAAAAAAUGGGUGGAACCUAAAAGAGCUGUUUCUACACACACUCCAAGCACCUGGGACUUUGGGCACAAGGACACUUUUUAUUUGUUUUGAAUCUCACCACACAGGUGCACUUACCUGCUUGGAAGAAGCCAAACGGGCAGCUUUGGAGGGGGUUUGAACUUUCUUGACAGGGAGCGUGGGAGCUGCGGCCGUGUUUAGAAUAACCUUCGUGGACCCUGACGUUAGAAUCCCAUCCCCAGAUAAUUACCUUUCAAGUCUUAGGUGAGCAGAAUUGCGUAUUUAUUGAGAAAAAACAAAAUGGACCCUCCUCCUCCUCUACCCUUAGUAAUUUAUUUUUCUGAAAAUGGAUUCUUUUGUGUUUGUACAGAUUGCUAGUUUGUGUCUAUCUGAUCAGAAGGAAUUUAUUCCUACGAACUAACAUUCCAUGUCACUACAGUGAUGAAGGGUGGGCAGCAGGGCGGAGAGGCAGAACAAGGCCAGCUUCUCCCAGGCAUGCCUCGUGCCACAGGGUAGAGGUUACUUACAACCUGGGCCUGGAGCUUCCAGCCCACCUAUCAUGCAGUAAGCCACCAUGAGGCUGAACUGCGCACACUAGCUGUCAUGUUCAGACUCAUACAUGCUCUCAAUCAGACCCCACUGCUGCUACAGGAACAGUCUCCUCCAGUCAGUAACCUCAGCACAGGCAUCGCCAAGUGGAAGGACCUCACACACAUUUAAUAUAAUGCAGAGCAAACCCAACUCCAUCCCAACCCCACUACUGUGGCAGUCCCACUUCUGCAAAACCCCCAUCACAUGGUCACCAUCUGUCUUCUACCUCACACUCCAAUGUGGGCUUUUCCCAGUAUGGAUGUGCCCUGAGCCUGCUCAGAAUGGCUGUUCCCCAACUUUUCCCCACCCCCAAUACCUUAACUAUGAAGUGAAUCCAAAUUGGGUAUCUGAGAAAUGAAGGGCAGUGAGCUUCCUGUAAGUAAAAACCAGCAAAUGCCAGACACCUGAGCCCCAACCCCUCCUAACUGCUGAGGCCAUAAAAGACAGCUGGAUGACAGCUCCUUUACAAACCUCCCCUCUCACCACCUUUCUUGGUGAGCAAAAACAAACCUUUCAUUGGGGGUGUGGAAAGGGAAAUAACUCAUGGCUCCCACUCUCACCGGGAGAAAGCUUUAGGCAGGUAAGGAGAAAGCCAUGCUCCCCUAGGUAGGGUGUCCGGCAACUACUUCCCUCUCCCCUCUCUGCCCAGGUGACUGGUGGAUCAUAAAAAGAUAGUGAAGCAGAUGCCACAGAAUCUCUCCUGGGACCAGCUUCCCUUGGUGUGAACAGUCUGGGAAGAAACCCACAGUCCCUAGAGUGUGAAGGAAAAAAAAAAAAAAAAAGAGUUGGCCUGGUUUCUUCCCUUCCUAUAGGCACUUCCUUUUGCUCAGUGCAAUACCUACCAGUGCUGCUAAAGCCAGGGACUUAGCUUAGACCUCAAAGGGCCAUGUUAAGGCCUCUCAAUGCAACAUGUGCAGUAGCCAUAAGUGCAACAAUUGCUG